AGGAAGCAGUUGAGUAGGUAGCUUCCGGUUAGCUCAGUUAGCUCGUGUGUCGCUGUGUCCAGGAGUUUUCUGGUUCUGUUCAGCAACAAUGUGUUCCGUUGAGCCUCUGAGAGAGUUUAUCAGAGAGAGACUAACUGCUGCUGCUGAAGAAAUCUUCACCCAGCUGGAAAAAACCAUCGUCCAGUACGAGGAGGAGAUCGACCGGCAGCGGAGACUGCUGGACCUCACCUGGAGACCCCGGGUCAGCUUACAGCGAGCAGAACUCUCAGGUCAGGAGAAGGACGUCCAAACGGGUCAGCAGGAUUCUGACAAACAGACUGACUUCAGUUUGGACCAAGAGAAACCAGAACAAUGGCAGAUGACCACGGAAAGAGAGGAAUCAGACCCACCACAGAUGACGCUUAUUCUGGAGGAACCAGAACUUCUGCAGUUAAAGGAGGAAGACGGUGAAAUCUGGAUCAGUCAGGUUGAAGAGCAGCUUGUUCUGAAUCAGCAGACUGAUUCCCUCAUGCAGGACGGAGACCAGCGCUCGUCUCAGAGCUAUCAUGUAGCUGAGAACCUGAACCAGAACCAGAGCGAGGAUGGAGACUCAGGACCAAGCAGAGCUGAAGGGUUGAAACAGAGUAACAGAGGUAGAGCUAAAGGAAAGAGGCACAAAGUUGGGAAUCGAGCUUUUUGCCAAAUUUGUGGUAAAAGUUUCAACCAGUUUUAUUUAUAUAAUCACAUCAGAACUCACACAGGUGAGAAACGUUUCUCCUGUAAGAUCUGUGGGAAGGGUUUCAUUCAAAGCUACCAGUACACUGUUCACAUGAGAACUCACACCGGGGAGAGGCCUUUCUCGUGUCACAUCUGUGGGAAACGUUUUGUUCAGAAGAAUAACGUAGUAACUCACAUGAAGGUUCACGUAGGUGAGAAAGGCUUUGCGUGUGAAGUCUGUGGUGUGUGUUUCUCUCUCAGCGCUGAUCUGACUCGCCACAUGGCCGCUCACUCAGAGGAGAAACCUUUCACGUUUCAGCCGCCGGAAUGAAGCUUCAGCCACUUCUAAUUAGAUCCGAUGACUUUUAAAUGCUUGCAGUCAAAAUGAAGAAAGUUUCCUAUUACGAGAGUAAAACUCCUGUGUUGAACAUUAACAUAUUUUUAUUUCAGGGCAACAAAAUGAAUGUUUGUCUGGGACCCUUCACAGUAGAAUGAAAGUCUUUAGAGAAAACACAAAUAAAUGAAAAGACAAACUACAUGAAAUUAAUAUGAAUUUAAUGCAUCAAGUCAAAAGAUGUCAUUUGAAACUAAAGAUUAAAGUUUAAUUUGUGUUUGUGCAGAGGAACGGCCUGGUCAUGUGAUGCAGUGAAGGAUUGUGGGUCGUUAACAGGAACAUGCAGACAUGGACUUUAAGCAGCUUCACUGUUUGGGGAAAAAAGCUUUUUGAAACAGUUUUUUCUUUAUAAUUGUGUAAGUUUAUGGUCCAGAGUCUCAUUUCUGGAUUUAAAAUCUUAUUUUACCAAAUGAGAAUGAUGGCAUUCCACUUAAUUCGCUACUAAAACAUUUUUCAUAAAGUUUUGUUCAGUGAAUUAAUUUGUUUUCCAUUGAAAUUAUGAUGUGAUGAUCGGAGUAUUUUAAUAUGUAAAUAAUAUCAGCAGACAUCAUUUCUCAGCUUCAGUCUGAACUCUAAAAAUAAUCAUUUCAGUCAUGAAUCUCUGACUGCAUGCAGAAUAACAGAUUAUUCCUGUUAUGGCCGUAAUCUGUAGCGUUUUAUUCUGAAGGUUUGUUCAUCUGUUUUUUUUUUUUUUACAAAGUUUUGCUACUUUGUUAUAGUUUAGUUUUAGAACAAGUUACUGAAGUUUCUCAUGUAUCUUUUUGUCAUUAUUUUGAGCACAUGUGUAUUUGUGUUGCAUUCAACAGGCUUACUGUACUAUAAAAAUCUGAACUCUUUCUGUUUUGGUUGAUUUAACUGCAGUUUAAUUCCUGGUUACUCAGGUUUACGAAGUUAACUCAUGUAACCAACUGCUAGAUUGAAUUAAAAAUACAGAAUAAAGUAGUAAAGACAAGUAAUGCUCAGUGUAUUAAAAGAAAUUAAAGAAGGUAACUUAAGUUUCAAGUUCAACUCAAAAGCUGGUUUGAGCUCAACUGUUUCAUCAACCUAGAAUUUUGUCCUUGUAUUUAUCCUGAGUUUCAUAAAAUGCACCUAAAGUUUGUCAUUUUUAAACGUAUUUAAAAUGUUUCCUGGAUCAAACAGCUGGUUUGGUUGGAUUUCUCUGUGUGAUGAUCUCAGUCAAACUGUUGAUGAUUAAAGAUAACAUGAAGCAC